AUGGAACAGGAAAAAUUAUCAUCAAAAAUCGAAAGUUUUCAAGCAGAAACUUUAGUAUUAAUGUCACUGACUUAUAUCACUUUGGUUAUUAUUAUUUUACGUAUUGCACUUACUCUUUUCCAAUUUAUGACCGAUAGAGAAAUUGAUCGAGCUAAAUUGGUGAGGAAACGAUGUCUACCACUUCAAGAAGUAAUAAUCGUAAAACCGAAGAAAAAAGAAGAAAAUUCUGAACAAAAUGGUGGUUGUUCACCAAAUUCAUGCAAACUUUUUAAUAAUUUGCCCUCAUUGGAUGAGGAUAUUGGAAAUGAUUUAUCUGUCAUGCAUAAAUAUAAUGGAAAUAAUUUAUCAAAUUUAUCAGUCAACAACAAUAAUUUUAUUUCAAAGUUUUGCAUAUUUGAAGAUGAAGCAUUCUGGGUGCAUUCUUUCCGGGAUACUGAACCAAGUCCUGAACAUCCAAACAUUCCAUAUACCUCAUCAUUUGGUAUGCGAAAAAUCGCAAAGAAUACAUACAUUGAGUCAGUAAUAAUUUAUUUAUAUUUGAAACCAAAAAAUUUGAUACUAAAUUAA